AUGCCCCCGGGGGCCAACAGUCUGGGGAAUAAUAGGUUUGCACUAUUAUCCCCGGGUCCUAAAAACAAAAGGAAAAAGCCAGAAAAUUCAACGCUGGAAUUCUUUCCGGAAUUACCUAUUUCUAAGAAGGACGAUCCCAAGUACCUCAUAAUCAAAUCACAGGACGCCAAAAAACCUAUUGCAUCCACUUCUUGCUUUGCAGUACAUAAAGGCAUUCAGGCAAUAAGUAAGGAAAUUAACAAAAUCACACCGCUUCGUGACGGCAGCCUACUACUUUUGGUCAAGAACCAAAAAAUCGCUGACAAAUUUUUACAAACCAAACAUCUUCCCGGAGCUGGUGCUGUUGAGGUAUCUCUUCACAACUCUCUGAACUCAGUAAAGGGUACAAUCUACGCUCCAUUUAUCUGUCAGCUUGCUGAUGACGAAAUAAUUGAUGGUCUAAAAGAUCAAGGUGUAUCUGAAGUUUAUAAAUUUACCAAGAGAAACAAUGGUGAUCGUGUACCUACUGGUGCUUUAUUAUUAACUUUUGAUAAAUAUACUUUACCUAGUCGUAUUGAAGUUGCCUGGUGUACCCUCGAUGUCCGUCCGUACUAUCCUAAUCCCAUGCGCUGCAAGAUUUGUCAGUUGCUGGGUCAUACUGCUAAGCGAUGUAAUAAGCCCCCAGCUUGUGCUAUCUGCAACCUUCCCCCAAAUCAUACUCCUCCCACUGAAUGCUCUAGAGUCAAAUGUGCUAAUUGCGAUGGUGAUCACCCUUCUUCCUCUAACGCCUGUCCAAAAUAUGUCCAGUCUAAAGAGAUACUUAAAAUUAAAACUAUCCACAAGUGCUCGAUGCGUGAAGCCAUCAAUUUAUACAAAUCUCAAAAGCCUUCUACUCCCUCAUCAUUCUCUUACGCUAAUGUAACAGCCUCCAACAACAAUAACAUUAACAUCGAAAAAACUUCAAACACUAAUAAUUCCAACGACAAAAUUAAAGCCUCAACUUCAAAAAAUAUUGCUACCAAUAUACAUUCAAUCCAUAGUGAUUGCCCCGUAACCCCUUCUCCCUCCGUUUCUUCCCUAUACAAUUCUCCUUCUCCUCCCUUCUCACCCCUUUCCACAACUACUUCUCCUACCACUAUAACCCGUUCCUCAACUUCACCUGUACCCUCCUCCCAUCCACAAUCACAUACCCAAGUACCCAUAGAUACAUAACUCUUGAUAUCAAAUUCCAAUUAGAACUUUUUUUCAUACAUAUAUACUUUAAUUUCCUAUGUUAACCUUCCUUCAAUGGAAUAUAAACGGAUACAUUAAUAACUACUUUGAACUUGAAAUUUUAAUUAAAAAAUAUAACCCCUCUGUAAUAUUAUUAAACGAAACGCAUAUUGCAAACAAUAUAUCAGCUCAUACCCCAAAAGUCUAUGCUGGUCAUUUUUAUAACCUUCCUUCCAUCACAUCAAGCAAACAAGGUAUUGCAAUCCUGAUUAAGAGAAGUAUACCGUAUAAUAUUCUCCCAAUAUCUCCUUCGAAUAUCUCUUCCGUUGCCAUCGAAAUUUCCUCCCCCCAAAAAGUCAUAAUCAUCUGUGCAUAUUCCCCUCCUCACCAAACUUUUACUUCAGCAGACUUCUUUAACCUUCUCCCUUCUUGCUCGACUCCUUUUUUACUGGCCGGUGACUUCAAUGCCUGGUGCCCUCUUUGGGGUUCUUCUUCAACUAACUCCAAGGGCCGCAUUAUUGAGGACGCUGUCCUCUGUUCGGACUGUGUUGUCCUUAAUGAUGGCUCCCCUACCCAUUUCUCCACUCAUUCCACCUUCACCCAUAUAGAUCUUACAAUUUGUUCCACUUCACUCUCUCCCAAAGUUGUUUGGCAUUGUAUAGACAACUUGCAUGGUAGCGAUCAUUUCCCUAUCAUAGCCAAAAUCUCCUCCCAUAAUUCCAAUUUCUUCAAACCCAGAAUAUUUUUUAACUCCGAUUCAGCUGAUUGGCCCAGAUUUCAAGAUUUUUGUUUACGUUACUCAGACACCCUCCCUCCUGCAGAUACUAUUAAUCAGGAAACCUCCAGGAUUCAGAAAAUUAUAAGAUCUGCUGCCAACCAAUCUAUAUCUCAAACCUCUCCUAAUCCUCGUAAGCAUAACCCUCCUUGGUGGGAUAGUGAGCUAUCUUCUCUCAGACUGCAUAAGCAACAAACAUGGCAUCAUUUCAAACAAAAUCGUUCAUCAUCAAACCUUGUUGCUUAUAGAAAAGCUAAUGCCAUCUUCAGAAGAAAAGCGAAGCAAGCUAAAGUUAAAUCUUUCAAUACAUUUACCAGCAGCAUUAAUUCCUCUUCUAACCCUAAAAUGAUUUGGUCAAAUAUAAGAAGACUAUCUGGCAAUAUUUCUUUCUCUCCUAUUCUCUCACUCAACUCCUCUCAAGGCAAUCUACUACAUCCACAGGAUAUAGCUUUAGAAUUCGCCAAAUUUUUCUCGUCUAACUCCUCUGAUUAUAAUUUCUCCUCUGAAUACUCGUCUAAUAAGAACUCUUUACUUGCCUAUAAUUACGUUUCAUCCGCUUUAUCCCCUUCAGCCGUAUACCUUGACUCAGACAUAUCUUUAAUAGAACUCAAUAUAGCUCUUUCUACGGUUAAAGGUAAAACGCCUGGGUUAGAUAAAAUUUCCUAUCCUAUCAUCAAACAUCUUCCUCCUCACCUCCUCAAACGACUUAUCAACCAUUACAAUAAUAUUUAUCGAACUGCCACCAUACCCCAAAUCUGGAAAACCAGCGCAAUCAUUCCUAUUCUAAAACCUGGCAAACCUCCGUGCGAAGUUACCAGCUAUCGUCCUAUUUCCCUUCUACCCUGUCUAGGCAAACUUUUAGAAAAAAUUGUUGCUACUAGACUCUCUUGGUUUCUCCAUUUCAAUAAACUCAUUCAUCCUAAUCAGGUUGCAUUCAAAAAAGGACACAGCUCUAUCGACGCUCUUUUACACCUUGACCACUUUAUAUGUGACGCUUUGUCUAAUAAAAAUCAUGUUUCACUUCUUUCCCUUGAUUUCGAAAAAGCGUUUGAUCGCGUGGGCAUACAUGUAGUUUUAAGACAAUUAAUCAAAUGGAAGGUUGGCCCCCGUAUAUUUAGUUUUGUUAAAUCCUUUCUUUCUAAACGCAAAAUCAAAGUUCUGAUUUCUGGCAUAUCUUCACCGACUCUUCCUUUGGAUAACGGCACUCCUCAGGGAUCACCGCUAUCAGUUAUUUUGUUCACCAUAGCAUUUGAUGAAAUCAGCUCUAUCCUUUCUUCCUUCCCUAAUAUUCAGCAUCAAUUAUAUGCUGAUGAUCUCCUUCUAUUUUCAAAAUCUUCUGACCUUAGUGCUAUAUCCUCUACCUUUAAAGAAAUCCUUUCUCAACUAUCCCUAUGGUCCCUUUCCUCAGGCGCUUCAAUAUCGUACUCAAAAUCCAGUCUACUCCACAUUUGUAAAAAACAUAAUUGUAAUUUUCCACCGAUUUCUUUCAACAAUGUAAAUAUUUCAUGUUCUCAUACACUUAACUUUCUUGGAUUAAUUCUAGAUAGUAAAUAUACAUUCAAACAACAUUGUGAAUAUAUUAGAAAUAGAAUUACUAAAAACUCAAAUAUUGUUAAGUACCUAGCAUGCAAGCGUUCGCUCAUUGGCCCGUCUUUGCUAAUUAAUGUUGUCAAGGCACUCAUACUCUCCGUCAUCAAUUACGCUCUUGAAAUAUAUGGGCAUCAUUCAAAAAGUCACCUAAAAUUGUUGGCCGCACCGUAUCACUCCGCUGUUAGAAGAUCGCUUCGAGCAUUCCCCACGUCACCAAUCAAAAAUAUGUUAGCAGAAUCCGGUCUUCCCUCUCUGAUAGAUAAUAUGGUAGACACCACAUACAAAUUAUACCCGAAGAUCAUCCUUGGUUCUAACCAUGUGCUUCAAGAUGCCUUUUCUUCAUCAUCAACUCGGAUCCGUCCUCCAAAAAUUGAGUCAGCCAUAUAUAAAUGCUCCUCUUUUGCCAAAAUAAACAGCUUACCAUUAAAACCUGCUAAACUUCCUAAACGUCGUCAUCCACAAUGGUUGAUUCCAAAAAACACGUUUAUCGAUAAACUAGCUCGUUUGCCUAAAUCCACCACACCUAAUGCGAUAUAUGUAUCAGAAUUUUGUGAAAUUAUGAAUACUCUGAAACAUGGCAAUUGGAGAUUUGUAUUCACGGAUGGUUCAAAAAAUAAAAUCCAAACCUCUUUUGCGGUCGUUAGCGAGAAAGGAAAGCCAAUCUCAUAUGGACUGCUUUUCCCCUUUUGUUCGAUAUUCAUUGCUGAAGCCACUGGGAUUUUACAUGCUGUUCUACAUGCCACAAAAAGCCCUGGAAAAUAUGUCAUAUGCACCGACAGCUUAUCAUGUUUCCAAGCCAUUAAAAAUUGCAACAACCACACUAACAUCAUCACUGCAAUUAGAGAAUAUCUUAUAAAAUAUGAAAAUAAAAUUAAGAUAAUGUGGGUCCCAAGCCACACUGGAUUAUCCGGAAAUAAUUACGCUGAUUUACUAGCAAAGAAUGCAUCCAACACGCCCACAAUUACAUUCAGUUUCUUCAUGAAAUCUGAUUUAUACCGACUCAUACACCAAAAUAGGCUCUCUAAAUUGGCAAUCGAUUGGGUCUCAUAUAACCACCAUUACUCAAUAGU